CCUCAACUUGCGCUCGUCCCACCUCCUAGGAGAUAGCAUUCUCGAGGCCAGUCGAUCUCUGUGCCAAUGUCUAAACCAGAUUCGUCCUAUUCUGCGGCCAGAGUAACCAGCUCUGCCGACGGGGACUUCGCGAGUCGCAGUGCAGCUCGGCUUGAGCAGAUUCAGUCGCAGCUCCAGGCGAAGCCGAGGGGAAACAGGCUGAAGGGCAAAGUGUGCAUCAUCACUGGCGUAGGGUCUAUUGCUGGUAUCGGACGGGCCGCCGCACUGCAAUUCGCCCGUGAAGGCGCAGCGCAUCUCUACUUGAUCGACUUCGACCCCACUAACCUGCCGGAUCUCAAGUCCACAAUUGAGCAGAAGUACCCUGAUGUCAAAGCGACCACUCUAGCUGCUGACGCGGCCGAUGAAGCGGCGAUAUCUGGUGUCUGUAAGCAGGCAUUGCAGGAAGAAGGGCGUCUGGACGUGUUCUUCGCAAAUGCUGGUAUCGCAACUCAGGAACCUUUGCAGAACACGACAGCGGAGUCGUUCAUGAACACGCUAAGGAUCAACACGUUGUCGUGCUUCCUUGCCGUCAAGCAUGGCUCAGAGGCAAUGCUGAAGACCAAUCCUUCACGCGGCAAAGACCUCAGUAGCGGCAGUAUCAUCAUGACUGCGUCUGUUGCUGGCUUGCGUUCCGGGGCGGGAACUGUCGAUUACGUCUGUAUACCAUUACAGAAGACGGAUAUUCGCGUGAAUGCGGUGUGCCCUGGUCUCAUAGAGACCGGCAUGACCACCGGCAUCUUUAACUUUGCGCGCUCAAAGGGAGCAGGCGCAAAGAUCGGACAGCUAAACCCCAUGGGUCGCUACGGUAUUGCGGAUGAAAUCGCGAACGUAGUCACCUUCCUUGCAUCGGGUACGUAACUCGCUGCCGUGGAGUCGGACGACAAAUUUCUGACGCCCAUAACAGAUGAAGCGAGUUACGUGAACGGUCAGAACAUCGCCAUCGACGGCGGCUUGUCGAGCUCUAUCCCCGUCGUUCCAGGGAGAUGGGCGUAAUGUUUGUAUUACUGCCUGUAAUAGUAUGACUAUC